AUGGAAGAAACAUAUGAGCAGACUUUCACCUUGAGGUGCCAGCAGGACAAAGAGGUGGUCGUUACGAGGGGGAUCCUUCUCUUAAGUCCUGUGUUUCGCGACAUGCUAGAGGUUGGCAAUGCCUCGGCGAUCGAGUCACAGAUACCAUCCGGUUCAUCUCAACCAGUGGGGAAGAAGCGGAAAACCACAUCUGAUCAAGAUGAAGAUAGGAUCCCGGAAGACACGAUCCCGGUCGAUGACGAUGCUGAAUCGAUGCGCUUGAUGUUCAAUCUCUUGGAAAAUCACAAAGAACCUGUGAAGCUGGAUGACCAUCCUGUCGCCCGUUUGAAGAACCUCGUUACUCUGGCCGACAAGUACGACCUGGCCCUAGUACCUCGACUAUUGAUGCAAGUCCUUUGGGACGGCGUCGAAAAGAGCGAGAAAUCUGCCUUCAAGGUCUAUCAAGUGGCGGUUGCCCUCAAACUCGGAGCUUUGGCACGUUACGCCGUAUAUCGUUUCGGCAAGACGGAAAGGCCUGAAAAGUUCUCUUGGGCGGUUAUCCAAGAGCUCGGUCUAGAGGCGUACAGUUCACUGACAAAGGCCGUCGCAAGACGCUAUCCUCCCGGCAACCAGGAAAAGUUCGAUUGGAGGAUGGUAGAACCUGAAUUCAUGUUUCCUACCUAGUGCGUCAUCAGAGGUUCCGUUUACAAACCGGUUUUAUAUCCCAAUCGUCCACUCUUCAACAGCAGCAAAGCAUUCAACUAGCGCCAACAGGCUUAGGCUGCGAAACGAGUUUUGUCGACAGAAACGAUAACAGCCUGGGCUCGGCACUCGUUAUCCUGUUCUUCCCAAUGUGAUGGAUAUGCAAGAGGCCGGAGGCUAGAUACAAGGUGGGACUGUCGAGUACUCAACGUGGAGGUGGGUAGAUUCGCACACAGGUGGGGGGGGGGGAAGAUAAGGGAAGCGGGAUAUACGAGUAUGUGUAUAGCAAGUUGAUUCGUAAUAAUGAUGUAGAAAAUAUUGUCCAUGAUAGGGCUGUACCCUUCGUCUUGUGUUCGUCAACGUCGUUGGACCGAUAAGCGCGAUCGCUUGUGAGGUCCAUAUCGUCCAUCCGCUACGUCGCC